AUGCCCCCGCGAAUACCCUCCCGGCUGACAGCUCAAUGCUGCAGGGCUCCAACUGAGCAGUCCAGCUCCUUAUCGCUUGUGGGCUUAUUCAGCGCUCUUUCCAUCCAAACCCGAAGCGCAUCCAUCCUCGCCAGCUUGUCUGACAACCCCGGCGCCUACCAAAAACGAAUUCGUGUCGGGCGAGGUGCGUCUGCAGGCAAGGGCAAGACGUCUGGAAGAGGUCACAAGGGUCAGAAGCAGCAUGGACAUGUACAUCCGUGGUUCCAAGGUGGUCAGACACCUUUGGUCGUCCAGAGGGGAAAACUUGGAUUCGAGAACUUUCGCGCACCCAUACUGUCCGAAGUCAACCUCGACAAGCUCCAGGAGUGGAUUGAUCACGGCCGCAUCGACCCUACAGCAAAGAUCACACCAAAGGAGCUGAUACAAUCCAAUCUCGUGGGAUCGAUCAAGGACGGGAUUAAGCUACUGGGAAGAGGAGGCGACACAUUGAAGCAACCGAUUGACAUUACCGUCUCCCGCGCUUCAUCCUCGGCGAUCGAUGCAGUGGAGAAAGCGGGCGGGAAGAUCAUGACCCGAUACUACACGAAGCAGUCCAUAACGCGGCUAGUGAACAACCGGAGUUUCCACACCGACAAGCCUUUGCCAACUGGGCCAGAGCACGUCGAGCCGGUUUUGGAGGAGAUCCGCAAGAAAGGGUUCUCCUACAGACUACCGGACCCGACGUCGCGUUGGGAUAUGGAAUACUAUCGUGACCCCGCACACCGAGGCUAUCUCAGUCACACAUUAAAACCUGGCGAGUCUCCCAGUUUGUUCUUCAGGGUGCCACCGUCACAGAUCCACAAGCGGGUGGGCAAGAAGGUGAAGGGGGCCAAGAAGGAAGAGACGAAGCUUUGGGAGAAGCUGUAGGGGUAGCUAUAGGAGUAGCUGUACAUAUACAUGGCCUCCGAGAAGUGUACCAUGUCUAUACCAUUAUUUAAAUAUCAAGACGUAUGCCUACCUAUUCGAAUGAUGAGUGUUGGCUUGGCACUAUCCUUUCUAUGGCGAUCGAACUGAUUCAACUUGGAAGGUUACGUAGUAUGUAUGUGGUUUACAGUGAUAAAAGCACCUUGAAUGUAUGAUCAUACAUGUAACUAUGUACAAUUGUACCUAGUAAAUUUAUGUAGGUG